AAAAAGUUCAGCCGGUAACGUGAUGACGUCGUUGUCGUGACGAUUCCCUCGGAGCGGCGGAGGACGGAGCUGCUGAGCGAGCGGAGAGGGGCUGACAGAGACCAGACGGGCUGGGGAAGGAUGAGAGGAUGAGCCGUCCGACGGAGCAUCAGCAUCCGCACCCUGUUCUGACACCGCUCGAACACGAAUUCAGGCCACGGUAAGGAGUGAAGAUAAAAAAAAAAAAAAAGACGAGAAACCGGGGGGUACAUUUUGCCCGUGAACCUUCGGUAAAUAAUCUGUGGAUGUCUGAGGAUGUGAUGCCGAAGCCCCCGGAGCAUGCACCGGCUGUUUUCUGCAUUUUCUCCAGAAGCAGGGGAGAUGAAGCCCUCUCUUGAAGGAAGAUGUCCGCUUUAAAGGACUUACUUCGCGGCUGUAAAACUCGCUAAUCUUGGACGGUCUUGGUCGGUUGUUGGGGUUGUGUUGGAGGGGGGUGGGGGGCGGCGGGUUGGCGGCGGUGGUGGAAUUUGAUGGCACAGCGGACGGCGAGAAAGAGCCAGCGACUGAAACUGGGAUUUAUGAACAGUCGGUUUAUUGAGAUUGAAGGAUGAAUGUUUAAGGUUUUUUUUCCUCCCUCCCCCCCUGUUCGGUUGAGGAUAAAUAUCUCUACAUUUAACCACCUUUAUCCGGUCAGAUUUCACAGCUCACAUCAGCAGCGGUUAACGGACCGCAGGUUAGCAGCGAGUGGAUAACGUUAAAGCUAUCUCUCGGUUGCCUGUUUCGACAUUUUAACUUUUUAAAAACAUCUAUAAAUAAAGGGACAGCCUCACCAGUUCCAGCUUAAGUCGUCUAUAAAUCACACUGCCGGUCCUGUCAGCCGGAGUUUAGGUCGCUAAUCCUCGCCUGGGCAUAGCUGAGGAGUUUCAUUUAGCUAGCUAACGGUAGCAGCUACUGCCACUUGCCAGAGAGCUGCCGUGUGUUCUCGGUCAUCAUGCAUGCACCGACACGUUUGCUCGGAUGAAACCAAGCCAACACACCCACCAAAAUGUUCCCAAGGGCAUAACAGCAGCAACAACAACAACAGCAGCAGCAGCAAGCCAUGUCGGACUGAAAACAGCACCGUGGCUCCGCCGGCCGUGAAGUCACAGCAGCAACCAGAGCGGCUUAUUAUUAGUCGGGGAGAGCGGGGAUCAAAAAGCUGAAGCUAGCCUCCAGCCUGUUCACACCGCCCUCGGGAGACCACCGAGAGGAGCAUUUUUCGACCCGAUUCAGCCACAAAAUCCAGCAAAAAUGGGAGAGCAGCCCAUCUUCAGUACACGGGCCCACGUCUUCCAGAUCGACCCAAACACCAAGAAGAACUGGGUUCCCACAAGUAAACAUGCUGUCACAGUCUCCUACUUCUUCGACAGCACCAGGAAUGUAUAUCGGAUCAUCAGCCUGGAUGGGUCUAAGGCCAUUAUCAACAGCACCAUCACCCCCAACAUGACAUUUACCAAGACGUCACAGAAGUUUGGCCAAUGGGCCGACAGCCGGGCCAACACCGUCUACGGCCUCGGCUUCUCGUCGGAGAGCCACCUGGUCAAGUUUGCAGAGAAGUUUGCUGAGUUUAAGGAGGCGGCACGAUUAGCAAAGGAGAAGUCUCAGGAGAAGAUGGAGCUCACCAGCACUCCCUCUCAGGAGUCGGCCCCGGGCGAUCUGCAGUCACCUUUGACCUCAGAGAGCAUCAACGGCACGGACGACGAGAGAGUCACACCUGACACACCUCAGCACACUGAAGCCAGAGCAGAGCCUUCCCAGAAUGCACUGCCCUUCUCACACAGUUCAUCCAGCAUCAAUAAGCACUGGGAGGCGGAGCUGGCGGCUCUUAAGGGGAACAACGCCAAACUGACAGCAGCUCUGCUGGAGUCCACGGCCAACGUCAAGCAGUGGAAACAACAGCUGGCGGCCUAUCAGGAGGAAGCUGAGAGGCUACACAAACGGGUGACGGAGCUGGAGUGUGUGAGCGGACAAACCACGGUGAUCAAAUCUCAAAAGACAGAACUGAACCAAACGAUAGAAGAGCUGGAGCUGGCUUUGAAGGCCAAAGAGGAGGAGUUAGAGAGACUCAAAGCAGAGGUGGAGAGUGCCAACGAGUUUCAGUCUCAGAAAGACUCCCUUACACAGAAGCUACAGGACACGGAGUCGAGGAACCAGACGCUGGAGGCCCAGCUGAGCGACCUGGAGCAGCGCCUGGAGAGCAGCCAGCAGGAGCGAGAGGCCUUCCGCAAGAGUCUGCGCUCCCUGCUGGAGCUGCUGGACAGUAAGAUCUUCGAGCUGACCGAGCUGCGGGACACGCUGGCCAAGCUCCUGGAGGGCAGCUAGAGAGGCAAACACACACACCGACACCACCACCACCACCCACACCCAACACCACCACCACCACCAACACAGCAGCCAGUGCUCAGAGAGCCGCUCUAAAGAAGAACUCACCUGCAUG